CUGAAAUAAUAUAUUCUAUGCCAGAAUUUUUUGUCACAGUUGGUUAACGACAGCGAAAUAUCAUGACGGAUAGUGAUAAGAAACCUAUGUCACGUUUAUUGAAACUUGCUAACAAAUUUAAUUGCUUCUACCUGUCAGGUUUUCAUGCAGGAGAAUGCAGAGCAUUUGUUGUUGAUGGUCAACAAGUUGGCCUUGUACGUCCAGAUGUAAUGAAAGAAUUAUUAAAUUAUCCACAGGUAUUUCAAGUACAUCCUGAAUAUGUACAACUAAAUCCAGCAUUCAGAGACUAUGCAGAAAGAAGUGCUCGAGUUGAAGAAGUUUUAAAAGAAUGGCGUGCAGGUGGAAAAUUCAUAACAUUAAGAGGAUGGAGAGAAGAAUGUUAUGAAGUACGAGCAGAAUUCAAUACUCCACCAUUAUUUAAAAUGGAUCGAUCUGCUACAUGCUUAUUUGGAAUUCGCAAAUAUGGAGUAGAUAUUAAUGGAUAUGUUAUGGAUCCUGUCAAAGGAUUAUCAAUAUGGUUACAAAAACGUAGCCCAAAUAAGCAAACUUGGCCUGGAUAUUGGGAUAACAUGGUGAGCGGUGGAUUGAGUGUGGGAUUUGGUAUUAAUGAAACUGCUAUAAAAGAAGCUGGAGAAGAAGCCAGUAUUCCUAAUAAUCUUAUUGCAAAAUUAAAGAGUGUUGGUUGUGUAUCUCUGUUUUUUGAAAGUGAAAGGGGUCUGUUUCCCAAUACAGAGUUUGUAUACGAUCUUGAACUGCCACCAGAUUUUGUACCAAGUAAUAAUGAUGGAGAGGUUGAGAAUUUUGAAUUGCUUCCAGUUAAUGAAUGUAUAGAGAGGAUACUGUCUUCGCAUUUUAAAACGACAUCAGUUCCAGUUGCUCUUGACUUUUUAAUUAGACAUGGAUAUAUCACAGCAGAAAAUGAGCCUAAUUUUAUUGAAAUCGUGGAAUUGCUUCAUAUACCUCUGCAGACCAUUUACAAUCAUCCACAAAAAAAAUGUAAAUUAGCUGCAAAUGGUGAGGCAAUCGAUUCUUUAAACAGAAUUUAAGUUUAACUAGUCUUUAAUUUAAAUUGCGUUAAAAAAUUAAUUGAAUGAAACGAAAAGUUAGCUUUUUUUUUUGUGAUUUUCUUGUAUUUGAUCAAUUCUUCGCAGAUUUUAUAGUAAGAAAAAAGAGAAAAAAUGAUGCAAUUUUAUAUACAUAAGGCUUGCAAAAUAUUUAUAAAUCACUAAAUAAUAGUUCAAAUAUUCCAAAAAUCGAUUUACAAGAUUUUUAUGAUAUUCAAAUUAACUCUUAUUUCCAUGCAUAUUAGAAAUAAAAAAAGAAAAAAAGAAAAAAAUAAUUUCAAUAGCUAUAUACUGAUUGUAACAUUUUUACUCAUAGAUAUAAUUCUUUUUGUUAUGAUUCUAGUAGUUUUUAUAUAAUAAUGAUGAAAGUAUCGGUAAAUACGAUUUUUUGAUGAUUCUUAUAGGAAGAAUAUUUCGGAAAAUAAACAUAGAUAUUAUUAACUUAGAAAGAAUUUCAUAGGAAAGAUAUAUUUUAAUUUGUUGACUGCGAAUUUAUUAACGUUUAAUAACUUUGUAAAAUUGGCACAAUAUAUAGAUAUAUAAUUUAAGAACUAAUUUUUAACAUCGUUAUAUAAAAAAAAAUCACGUUACAUCUUCCUCUAAUUUUUACCAACCAUCGAACUGAAUUUUUGCACAAUAAUGAAAAGAGAAGUUUUCGCCGAUUGUACGAUAUUUAAACUUGUGACGAUUUUUGAUAUACAUCGAUGUCAAAUUAGAAGUAUUAUUCAUACAGCAUUCCAGAGCAUAGAUUAAGACUUCAGUUUCUAAGCGACAUGGAUAAAAAAAACGAAAGAAUAACAAUAGUUUUUUCUAACGUUUGUAAUCGAACUUUUGUACUAAACUUGUACACCUAACAACAACAAAAGUGCAUAGAAUGCCAAUGCAGUAAUAUCGUAAUAUUCUGCGUAGAAUUAAGACAGAAUUCAUUCACAGUAUUAUGGACGUGAAUGCACAGUAUACUGUUUGAUAUGUUUAAAGUAAGGAACUAACGAAAAAAAAAAAAAAAAAAAAAACAACAAA